AUGCGAGAGGUGCGACAGAAAAACUACGUGCUGUCGGCGAGACUGUUUGUUCACAUCGGAAUGCUGAACAUGCUCUUCAUGUCGUUCGACCUGCUGUCAAACCCCAGCUUGAUUGCCUGCGCCCGCAUGGGAUUUCUGACAAUCGUCUACUCCAUGCACUGGUCAGUUGCCACCGGCGCCCUUCGCCCGAUGCCCCAUCAGAUCAAAGGGGUGUGCGCUGGCUGGUGGACGCUGUUUGCAGCAUUCGUGCUGCUGGCUCCUUGCCACCCUACAGCCAGAGAUGCAAUGUUCAUGCAAGGCUUUAAGAUUGGCAGCCGAUUGACGAUGACCUCCAUAUUCAUGGACACCGAGCUUUGCUUCAUCUUCCAGGCUCUGAUUUCUGUGGCUUCUCUGGUUUCGGAGCUGUUCAUUCACAACACUGGUCAAGAACCCUUCCUGCUGUUGGGCAUGGAAUUUCAGAAUUUUGUAGGGUCCGUGGCGCUGUCUGCAUUGCUGGAGUUUCUCAUCCGUUCCCGUAUCCACGCACUACUGGACUUUGCAGAUGCCGAGACCCUGGUUUCCAGCUUCCAGCACGUCCUUCGCGGGAUCUGCGAUGGAGAUAUUCUCCUGACCAGUGAUAUGACGAUUCACGGCCCUGGCGACUGCCUGCAGAACCUGCUCAUGAACAGAGCGAAUCUCCAUGGCAAAGCUUUUGAGAUGCUGUUGCCACCGGAUGAGCGACAGCGCUUCGCCGACUUCAUCACUGCGUCCACCAAAGCCGCCCUGGAUCCGGCAGACGGUCCUCGAAUGACUCCGCCCACUUGCCUUCGGGUUUCUUUGUGUGGUGCUUCUAACACGCGCGUGCCAGCGGACAUCUUUCACGUCCCGGUGCCACAUCUCUUUGGUGCUGACCAUCCAUACCACCUGCUGGCAAUAAGUGAAGACUCCGAGUCCCGAAAUCCGCCUGCUCUUGCAAAGGACAUCCCAGACAUGGCAAGGAUAAGAGAACGAUCGGAGAGGUUAAGGUCAAGAACGGCGUCUUCUUCUGGAAGUUCGGCUAGUGGAAGCUCCGUCUGGGAGCCGCUACCAGAGCUAGCCGGGAUGAUGUUGCUGGUGGACGGCUCCAGCCCUUUUCUGGACAUCGAGCAAGCCCAUCUCAGCUUUGAACGUCGGGUUGGCGAUGAGGAAGUUGAGUCCAGUAUGCCCUGUCUCCGGAAAGUUUGUCGACCGACAGACUGGGAAUCCAUCAGGAAGAAAAUCGACAGGUUCGCCGCAUCCGGUGAGAGUUCUGCUCAAGAAUUGAGGAGCAUCUGCCUGAGAAUGCCAGAUGAUCCCCGGAGAUUUCUCAAGGCCAGAUGUGUGCAGAUGUCUACUUUCGAAUCGCCGCAUGCAGAGGGCUCGCAGGAUCAGAGCAACAGUGUGCCGAUUAAGAUUUGCCUACAGCUCAGCCAUUUCGUUCAAGAAGAAUCUCGACAACGGCAGCAAUCCGAACUUGCCGGCAUCCGCGAGUUGCGUGGAAGGAGGCCAGUGUCCGACAAGGGAUCCGAAAGCUUUACCUCCGCGACUUUCGAGGUGACGGGCCAGCAGUCCGGACUCGACCCUCACACUUUCUGA